UCCCGAAAAGUACGUCUCUAUUCGGGUGGAGCACUUUCACGUCUUCUCACAAUACAUCCGAAGCCAGAACCGAUUGCGGCUGAAUUGAUCAAAUUAUUGGCGAAUUCAGAUGAUGCCUCAUUAUUGGAAACGACACUGGUGAGUUUGCGAGCAGUGGUGUAUCGAGCGUAUGCGAAACUUUCCGAGGGCACUCUCAACUCGAUAGUGCAGGUGGCCGAGAAGAACUGCGGUGAGGAUGUCGACGAUGCGACGUUGCUGGCUGCGGCAGCACUGUACGGCGAGACUGUUUUGAGACUCAACGCAUUCACGCCUGAAUUCUUAACUCAGAUCGAAAGCGGUGGAAUGAACGUACGUCAACAACACGCUCGUAUUGUAGCACUGCAGCAUAUGUGUACUGUGGAUUGUGAUGCAGUGUUGAAUGCGUACGGUAUUGACAAGUUGCGAUCGGCCAUUUCAUCAGCAAUACAAUCCGACAAAGCGUUCAUCGCUUGUGCUGGUGUGAGAACAGCCACAGAACUGCUGAAAAGGUCAUUCAUUGCCUUAUAA